AUGGCGUCACCUCAUUGCCAAGAGAAUACUCGCGCCCUCGCUCCAUCUAUCCAACAAGAGGGUUCAACAUUUGGCGACACCUACGUGACAGGCGGCGUCUUGGUGCAGGGGAAUGUUGUGAUCAAUUCCGCCGCAACGGCCCGCACGGGUGUGGGCCACUACACCAACAGUUCUCUCCACCCACUCAAGACGUUCGUAGAACGGCCGGAACUUCGCGAAAUGAUCCGAAGUCGUUUAGCGAGAGAUCGUGCGGACACGAGCCAGAACCACAAGUACAAGAUCCUUGCCGUCUGGGGGCUGGGAGGGACGGGGAAAACGCAAUUGGUGCUCAGUUACCUCCAGCAUCAUCAAACCGACUAUGAGGCCACGUUUUGGAUCGAUGCGGGAAUGAAAAGCACAGUCGAACGCGACUUCGUCAACAUAUACCGACUACUCUAUGGCGAGGUGUUUUGGGCUCCAAAAGGCGGACAAGAUCUUGUUAGCGAGGCAGUCCUGCGGGUGAAGAGCUGGUUUGGGGACAAAAAGCACAGGUGGCUGUUAGUAUUUGACGGCGCGGAUUCUUUAGAUGAUCCUGAGGACCAGGACUAUGUCAAUCUUCUCGAGCUCAUACCUAUGUCACUAACAGUCGACGUGAUCAUCACCAGCCGCAGCAAGACUGCAGACGAUCUCUCAACGCUAGAAGGGGUCCAUGUGAAGGAGAUGGCGCAGGAUCAAGCUGUUGACUUGUUCUACAAGUCAUCGGAACUGAACAUAAUAUCUCCCCAAACGACCGAGGAGGUGAAGUGCAUCGUGGAUGAGCUCGGACACCUAGCUCUGGCGGUCAAUUUAGCCGGAGCAUAUGUGCGUGAAACUCCUGAUUUGCGCUCAGACCUUAGUAAAUAUCUAAAAGAAUAUCGAGGUCACCAAAAGCGAAGACACGAACUGUUGGGGCGAAAACCGAACCGGCAAGCGCACCAAUAUAGCGAGAGUGUCUUGACGACAUGGGAAACAUCUUUCCACGCAGUAAACGAGCAAUAUCCACUGGCGGGACGUCUACUGACGAUCCUUGCGUUCAUCAGCCACGACGAUAUAUACAUGGCCUUAUUUGGGCUCGAUGGUCGUGGCAAUCAAGCAGAACAUUCUGACAAUGAAACCCUCGAGCAGCCUAUCAAAACAUGGACGAAUACAAUUUCCCCGGAGCAGCCACUUGAGCUCGACAUGUUCGAGGAGGGGUUCCGUGUACUAGGACGGUAUUCUCUGGUACAGUGGCAGGGCGAUCACGCCAGCUAUCAGAUGCACCGACUUGUACAUGCGUGGGGCCAUGAUCGACUCAGUCCAGCAGAGAAAGAGACAUUUGGAAUGGCCAGUAUGAAUCUUAUGGACGAUGCGAUGUCCCGGUGUAGUGGGAUGCCUCAAGCAAGACUACGACUAACGCCACACAUCAUGACAUGCUUUGGAGUGGCCAUUUCAAUGGCACGGGAUAUGGUUGAUCUCAAAGCAACGGCGAGAGUGGUGACAAGGAUGGAUUCAUUUCUGGAUACGUUGGGUCAGUGGUCAGAUGUGCGAUCAAUCAGGCUAUUUAUACUCGAAGUCCACGUGAAGGUAUACGGUAAGGACCAUCCCUCUACGAUAUCGGCAACAAAUAACCUCGCAAACACGCUCCGAAAGCAGGGCCAGUUGGAAGACGCGGCAAAGAUGAUGAGGGAUGUACUGGAAAGAACACGGCGGAUCUCAGGCGAGGAGCACCCGUACACCAUCCUGGCGAUAAAUAACCUUGCGGUCAUACUCGAAGAGCAAGGCUACCUGGAUGAGGCGGCGCAGAUGAAGAAGGAAGCACUCAAGAAGGUACGACGGAUUCGAGGCGAGGAGCAUCCCUCUACGAUCACAGCAAUGAAUAACCUCGCAUUGACGCUCCAGAAUCAAGGUUAUCUAGACGAUGCGGUGGAGAUAAUGAGGGAAGCACUAGGAAAGAGGCGGCGGAUUCUAGGCGAGGACCAUCCACAUACUAUCUCAGCAAUGAACAACCUCGCCUCCAUUCUUGGAUAUCAGGGCCACCUAGACGAGCCAGAGAAAUUAAUGAGAGAAGUACUAGAGAAGAGACAGCGAAUACUAGGUACGGAGCAUCCCGAUACAAUUGGAGCUAUAAGUAAUCUCGCAUCUGCGCUCGAUGAUCUUGGCCAGGUAGACGAGGCAGCGAAGAUGAAGAAGGAAGUACUAGAGAAGACCCGGCGGAUUCUAGGUGAAGACCAUCCCGAUACAAUAUCUGCAAUGCACAACCUCGCAAACACAUUGGGAGAACAAGGCCAGAUUGGUGAGGCGAUCGAUUUACUGCAGACUGCCUUACAAAAGAUGAAGCAAACCUACGGGGAUGAUCACCCCCAUAUCGGAAUGGCUUCAAGAAAUUUAUCUAAGCUGAACGGUUGUCUAGAGUCAACACCGGGGCCGACGAUGAGUACCAAUUGUAUAGAGCAAGGGCCGCUGUUUACUCGUUUGGACUUAACACCAGAGCCGACGUUGACUACCAAGCAUUUAAAACAGGGGUGGCUAUUUACUCGAUUGAAGUCAACACCGGAGCCGACAAUGACUCCCAAGCACAGAAACCAGGGGUCGGUGUUUACUCGGUUGAAGGCAAAAAUCUACAAGGCAAUAUAG